CAAGGACACACACCUACUCCGACAGCUGAAGACACGGAGCUCCCUUCAGACACUUUUUACACCCUGCUGGACAGAAGGUUGCAGGGAAGCAGAGACGAUGCAGAAAGCCGCCCUCGCUCUCGCUGUCAUCUGCGCGCUCUUCCAUGCAGGAGCGGCGCUGAAGUGCUAUUCCGGAGUGGGUGACACGAGCAAAACUGUUGAUUGUCGGGGCUCUUGCAUGAAGACCGCGGGAGCUUACGAGGACAACUCGGGCGAGGCGAGGAACUGCUCGCCAAUCUACUUCAAGGACGACUGCCACGAGCAGACGGCGCUGGUGACGGUCGAGGUGUGCUACUGCAACACGGACUACUGCAACGGCGCGCCGCACGCCGCCGCCGCCGCCUCCUGGCCGCUGGCCCUCGCGUCCCUGGCCCUGGCACUGCGCGCGGCACUCCUCUAGGGGACUGGCACGCGGGGCACGGGCACCCAUGCGCGCGCGCG